GCUGUGACUAUAGAUGCGGAUUAACAGGGAGAAGCGAGGGCAUGCAGACGCGCGCCUGGCGGAGCUAGUGAGAAAGGCAGCGCAAGACGUGCAGGAAAGCACAACGACAUCAAACCGACACAAAGGGAAUGCGGAUGGGCAGCGGGAGCGAUGCAGCAAAUCGGGAUACGGCCCUGGCCUGCGAUGCAUGUCGGGGCACGCUCCGCCCUCCCACAAGUUCGCCGGAACGACAGUAUGAUGACGCCACAUGUGCCUUCAAGACGUGUCAGCGACCCGAAGUCAUGCCGUGACCCCCCCCCCAGAAAGCACUCCACGCGACAAGGUUCGAUGGGUGCCUGAUGUCGGGGGACUUUGGUCAUCCAGGGCAAGACGAUGUGAGAGGGCAGACGCAGAGACACGUGCCACAAUCUGGGAGGUCUAUACAAAGGAGACUCCCAAGGACGCGACAACGGAUGCGUCAAACAAAAUUCAAACGAUAAAAAGGCACGCGCCGAUGCGUAUGGAAAGCUGUAUUAGGAGCCGCGCUUCGCGGGUCUACAGUGUGCUUUGAAACACGUCGGGGCACGCAGAGGGAGCGGCGCGGCGCGCCCCACAUUGGAGGCGGGGGCCGCGCGGCCAUAUGCGGCCCGAGAGCCCGAGGCAGAAAGCAGCCGCGCGCACGGAGGAGAAGGCGCCAACUACCGGCGGCGAGCCCCAGCGCGCCGAGCCAGCGCGCAGCGUGACAGCCAUUCAUGUCUGUCAUUCUUCGACGCUGGCGCCGUCCCUGGCGCGCUACGCGCGCCAGGCAAGGGGGGUUCCAGCGCCGAGCCAGGGCAUCCGCGCGGACCUUCAAACGUUCAUACCUAUGCAACGGUUUGUUGCUCGGCGCGCGCGCGUGGAUCGAGCCUGCCGCUUCCAGGCCCCUGGGCAACCGCAGUCUGACCUCUCCCCAGACAUGCGAUGCCCUGAUUCUUACUCGGCGGCGGGCGAGGGGGCGGAAGUGAGAAGGAGAAGGCCUUCUCAGACGGCGGGGCAUCUCAGAAGCCCUCGCGCCUUCUGAGAAGUUGUCUGUGCCCUCGGGCAAGGCCAAGAAAGCUUUCCGGAAGCGUCGGCUUCGUAUUGCAACCGCAUCUAGAACGCGGAGGUCCUACGGCGGGCAGGGCGGCGCAGACUGAAGACCAUUCUCCUGGCUCGGCAGCUGGCUCUGUUCCACAGCCUCGCACAGAAAUCGAAUGACCAUCAAGUAAGGAGAGGAGAACAAGACUGCAACGCCCAGGUCUCGAGGACCGGGCCACGGAAACUGUAAAAAGGUACAUGGCGUCGGAGCUCCGGGCGGGCAAAAAAGAAAAUGCGGAGGACUUCUCGCCGCCAGAACAGACCGCGCCCGCCGACGCCGCCGAGCCGUGCAGCGAGGGAUGCCUUUAAUCACCCCGAGCGCUGGAGGCUCGACGGCAACGGGAGUCGUACCGCGCAGCCUCAGCCUCCUCCUGAGGAGGAUGUCUGUGGAGGGGGACAAGGCGGAAGAGGGGAAGGGCGA